CGUCGUCGAUUGAGGGCACUAUUGAUGGGCAGUCGUACAUGUUUUCAAUGACAGUUAACCUGGCGACAUCGAAGAUCGCAAACUCACGGUCACCAGAUGCGCAGUAGCAAACCUCACCUCGUACCCAACAUUACGGUCACGUCGCUGAACACCCCCAACUGAUUAGUGAUUCAGGCUACUUGGCCGCAUGAAUAUUCACCCUUAAGUUAACAUUUAACCCUUAAGGAAACGGCAACGCUAUAGUCGCAUUAACAUUGUAAUACUUCGCAGCACAAUUACACUUCAUUAACUUUGGAAACAAACAAGUACAGAUGAACUGAAAACACGCCACGCAAUUAAACAAGCACUAUGUUGCUAGCAUAAAACAUAUUAGUCAGUGAUGGUAGUAAGCCCUACUUAAGCAUAAUUCCAUUUUCCAUCCAUGAUUUGCUUUCUAAACUACUUAUUGAACUAAAUGUUAUUGUAUAUUUUGCUUCUGUAAAUCUUAUACGACAUCCCAUUUAAUCGAAGAAAGAAACAUGUCCCUUCUAAGAAACCGUAGAAAACGCCAAUUCUUGAAACAAAACGGCCUAAGCAUAGAACGGAAUGUUUACUAACUGUACUAUGGGACGGAUUUGUUUGCCGCACUAAACCUCUUGUCCGAGAGUUCGAUGUUAUACUUCCGCUAGUAUGGCUUCCUAAGUAACUAGGACUAUUUGGAGAGAGUUAGAUUAACUUGUUACUCAUAUCUUUUUUGCUGUAUUCCAUUGCAUUUACCGGGCAGCUAGGUGGAAUAAUAAGUAGUGGGGUGUUGUGUCUGGUUUGGGACUGAAUAUCCGAGGCGGCACCUGUGCAAUGUCCGUUAUAGACAAAAUUUUACAGUUGUCUUUAAACUUCCUGCUGGGCCUUACUUGGGAUACCAAACUUCUGAAGCGGUGGGCACUGCCACUGCAUUAGGCGGCUCCUCUGCAACAUCGUGUAGUAAGCAGUCCUUUUCUGAUCCGAUGGUGUAGGAGCAAGCUACAGUUGUGUGUAUAGGUCAGAUUUUGCUUGAUGUACAAAUGGAAGGGGAUAGUCCAUGUUUAUUUAUUCUUGAGUUUGUUUUAGGAGUUUUGUUUACCAACAUUCGCAGUUAGCACUCGUAAAUAAAUCUUACGUUUUCGGUGUAAAUCGGUAGCAGUUAUUUUGUAAUAGUUUUUUUUGUCAAAUUGUAAUCAAAUUGUGUUAAGUUGGUUCUCGAAAUAUGCUUUAAGACGUUCCUUGAUUUUUUUAAAAACUCUUCCAGUCUUUGGUUUACAUGCUUGGGAUAUAAAUAUUUGUAAAUGUGUUUGUCUGUAGCCAUGUGGAAGAUUUUUGCCUUGUUCUUGACCCAAGUGACUGUUUAAGUGUCAGUCAUUCAAUGCAGUUGCCUUGGCAUUACUGCCUGAGGUCAGGCACAGUACGCUGCAUGUUGAGUCUUCUACAGUCUUGAAUCAUUCCCUCAAUGGAUACUCUUUUCAGACCUAAUGUAUUUUCAAAUUAUGGUGCUGCCCCCUUGGAGAAAUUUGGUGGCUAUUUUCAUUUCCCUAUGUCAUUUUAUCUUGCCCCUCUGUCAUUUGAGGCUUUUGGGCAUUUUUGGGUGGUGAGGGCGCAGUUAGGUGUAGGAUCAUCUGCCACUGUUUACCAUGUGAAUUCUGGUGUGGAUGCAGCAGUGAAAGCAUUUCAGCUGGAUACAGAAAGUGGAGAAUAUGGUUUUCAUAAGGAGAGACAGGCACUCGAAGCCUUGCAGGGCCACAGAAAUAUAGUGACUCUGCUGGGUGUAUUUGCAAACGCUGGCACUGGUAGACGGCCCACCCCAUGCCUGUUGUUGGAACUGCUCGAUGUGAGUGUAUCUGAGCUUCUAGUGUGGUCCAGGCACCGGGGCCAUUCCAUGUGGAUGAUCCAGCACUGUGCGAGGGACAUGCUGAAAGCGCUGGCAUUCCUUCACCAUAAAAACUUUGUCCACGCAGAUCUCAAGCCACGCAACAUACUGUGGAGUGCUCAGGAGGAGUGCUUCAAACUAAUUGAUUUUGGACUAAGCUUUAAUGAGGGUAAUCAGGAUGUCAAGUAUGUCCAGACUGAUGGUUAUCGAGCUCCAGAGGCAGAACUACAGUACUUCCUUGCUCAGCUUGGGGCAGACACUGGAGUAGAAUGUUCCUCAGCCAUAGACCUUUGGAGUCUUGGAAUCGUUUUGCUAGAAAUGUUCUCAGGAUAUAAAUUGAAGGACUUGACAAGAUCUCAGGAAUGGAAGAUGAACAGUUCUGCUAUCAUCGAUCAUAUUUUUGCUAGCAGAGUUUUGGAUAAACCAGUCUUCGCAAUGUGUCAUCUUAGAGACCUUAUUAAAAGCAUGCUGUAUGACAAUCCAGGAAAAAGGGCCACUGCAGAAGAAGCUCUUUGCAAUCCUUUCUUCAGCAUUCCUUUUGCACCUCACGUUGAAGAUUUGUUGUUGCUUCCAACUCCUGUACUGCGAUUGCUCAAUGUUGUAGAUGACUGCUAUCUCCAGAAUGACAAUGCUUAUGAAGAUGUUGUGAAUGAUAUGAGAAUGGAGUGUCGAAAGUAUGGGAGUGUUGUUUCAUUAUAUAUUCCAAAGGAAAAUCCUUGCAAAGGACAGGUUUUUGUUGAGUAUGCAAGUGCUGCUGAUGCCAAAGUAGCCCGGAAAACGUUGGCUGGGAAAACAUUCGAUGGCAGGAUUGUUGUGGCUACCUACUAUCCACUGAGUGCCUACAGGAGGGGCCAUCUCUAUCAGACUGUGCUUUAACUUUUGACUACAGUCCACAGCGUGUCUGUCAUCAGUCUUCUAAGGCCUUCAUUGCUGGGUUGUUUGUGGUGGGGUUUGUACAACUGCUGUAUGAAUUAGUACUUGUUAAAGCUGACCAGUUUUGUAAUAUGUAUUCUGCAACAUUCUCCAUUAGAUUUUUCAUCAGUGGGAAGGUCUUCCUGGUACGUAUUUUUUGUUGGCUAAUAGAGCCCCCAAGAAUGUUUGUUUACAACAUAUUACUUUCCCUGGAUUCUGCUGUGAAUUGAUUGCUUUAAAUUGAUUACAAAUUCCCUCCAGUACAAAAGGACAUAUAAGAACCUGUAUUUCACAGUAUGCUGUUCCUUAAUAUUUUUCUCAGGUUAUAGCUUUUGGGUAUUCGUAUAUUUGUUUUUCAGGGUCUGUGUCAUCAAAACGGGUAAGGUUAGAUGUUAUUUGAAUGGAGUUGUGAUUUUGUUAUAGGCCAAAAGAAAUUAAACCUUGGAGACAAGGUUACUGCUAGGAAAUUCCUUUGGUAAUACAGCACAGAUUGGAUUUUCAUAACCUGAGUUGGAAGCCAACUUAACUUCUAGGACUGUAAACAAAUUUAAGAAAAAAUGUCAAAGCUUAGGACUGGUUAGGGCAAACCCCUUGCUGUCCAAAUCAUGCUUUAAUGUUUUGGUGCCUUAGUUCAUUUGCUAAAAUAUUAACAGAUUACUCAUGCUCCAGGUGUGAUUCUUUGAUGGAUUACUGGGGUUCAUCUGAAAACUAAGAAUAAAACUGGCACACACUGUGUAUAGACCAUUUUAUGCAUUUAAAAUGAAAUUAAUUUCUGAUGUUGCAGUAUGAAGGUAUGAUUUUUAUAUGAGCAGGUUGCAUGUUUGACAGUAAUUAACUGCUGCAUCAAAACAAAAUUUAUAAUAUUCUGGCUUGAAUAAGCUUUCAUAUUGUAGUAAUUUUGCAGUGAAGAAGGUAACCACUUUUAAAAACAUUUUUAUAUUGGUGCAUAAAAUGUCCUGUGUGGGUAAUUAGGGGCGAGGAGGCAGGGCAGGAAGAUUGUGAGUGAUUAACUUACAGCUCACCCAUCUAGGCUGACCACUUUGAAACUUCAGGGAGUUGUGGGUGGUGCAGCCAGUAAAGUCUGGGCCAGAGGGAUAUGCAAGCCAGGUGCCAUAGGCUGAGGCAGAAACAAGAGAAAGCCUAUGUCUUUCUUCUCCAAAGACUAGUAGCUAUGGCAUCUGUCAGAAGCUGUUAAAGGGGUAGCUAGGAGCUGUCAGAGGUAGGAGGACACCCUGAUAUCUGCUUUGAUGAUGGCUCUGUAAUCAGCUCUUGUCUCGCAAGAGAAUGUACCUGUGAUAACUCCUGCACUUGUAUGGGAAAAAUAGGCCAAAUAAGUAAUUGGGGCUAAUUUUCGGCAGGUGGAAGGGUAAAAUGUACCAUACAGGGUGAGAUGAAUUAAAGUAGCCAAAGGCUGUACGAAAAAUUCUCAUGUUUCAGGAGUUGACAGUCAAAUAGCCAUACUCCGUUAACUGUCCUUAGCCUCACUCCUCCUAGAUUUACUGACUUGUUUUCAUCAAAUCAGACCUGUAAGAGAGUAUAUAGUACUUGAACUAAGUCAAUUCAAAACUUAAAUGGUGGUUUGACUGCAGAGUUUAAAAAGUUGGUGGCCACUCCAGCAAACAUGUCAGAGAAAUGCUUACUCUCUCUAGACAGUUAUUUGCUCAAAAAAUGCCUCAUCAUAGAUCCAGAAUGAUGGCCACUUCCUUGUAGCUUUGUUGAUACUUGAAAGAAUAGCAACUCUACAGUUUGUCAUAACUGUAGCCUACUGAGUUAUUUUUGUGUUCCACAGCUUUUUGCACCAGUGGGUCUAGAUUUGAUGUUCACUAAGUGGGUAGUAGUUUCAUACCUGUCUGUUUAAGUUAUGCUGUACUUGCCUUAUUGCUUAAAAUGUUUCUGAAACCAUUCUUUAAGAAAAUCUGUUAAUUAAUGUCAGCAGUUCUAACAUAGACUGUACUGAUUUGUCAAUUUGUUUCUGUUUUGCUUACUUUUGCAGAGGUGGCAUGACCAGAAAAAAAAAAUGAUCAGCAAAUGUGCAUUAUUUUGACAUUGGUCAGUUUCAGUAAGUCAGGAUCCUAAGUUAUGCUUUUGUCUGGUGAACUUACACUUAGUAGCUCAGAUCCUUUCUGUAUUUUCUAUGGGUACUACUCUGUAGAAGUGAUAUGAACUGCUAUUAUGCUGUCUUCCACUCAGUAUUGAAUGAUGCAAGGAAAAUAUGUGGCUCCUUUAGUUUUUGGUAGUAUUUUAAAAUUUCUUAUGUUUUUGAUCAGACAUUGGGUAUUCAUUUUUUGUUUAAAUUGUGUUUAGAAUAUUGCAAGACGUGUUAAAUGCAAAUAACCUUUCUUUCACAAAUGUGUGUAGGCCUUGUUUUGUUAGGUGCCAUUCAGGAAUGAGAAAGUGCAGAAGGAAGUAAGAAUAACAGAAUAAAACACUGGGUACCGUGUGCUAGCUUUACUGCAGCAACAGAUGCACUUAACUGUGCCUAAGUAUCAGUCCUGUGUGAUGCUUUCUUCCUUGUAGUAACAUUCUAAAAUCCAUACCAUCAGUAGUUUGUGUCUUGCUUUGCUAAAACUAACUCUUGUCAUCAUUGUUUAUUUGCUUGAUCUACCCUUGUCAUCAGUUUAUUUGCUUGAUCUAACUACUUCACUGCUUUCUGCAACUCUUUGCAAUGAUCUUAACAAUCAUAUUAUUUCAAGACUGAUGAGGCUGUUCAUUAAACAUUGUAGGACAAUAA